AUUUGUACGUACAAUAUGCUAAAUACAUCAACAACAACAACAACAACAAAAAAAACAAGCAAAACACGAAACCAUUUAAUUUUCAAGACUCUUCCCUCGCCUAUUCUAUUAUAUAUAGUGGCAUCUCCCUCUUUCUCUUUCUUCUUCGUCUUCCUUGACAGUAAAUCAACAAGUUCAGAUCCAACGGAGGUUUAUCAGUCUAUCCUCAAAUUCCCGCUGGUCAGUCAAUCCCAUCAAUCAAUCAAAUAAAAAGGCUGAGAGAGAAUCAACAAAAAUGUCUGCCUCUUCCGCUGCCUUUUCACCGGACCACCUCUCCCCCUCCGAUCAGCUGUGUUAUGUCCAUUGCAACUUCUGCGACACUGUCCUGGCGGUGAGUGUUCCCUGCAGUAGUCUGUUUAAGACCGUCACAGUUCGAUGUGGACACUGCACCAACCUCCUGUCCGUGAACAUGCGCGGGCUGCUUCUUCCUGCAGCAAACCAGCUUCAUCUAGGACAUACUUUCUUCAAUCCUCAAAAUCUCCUGGAGGGUAUCCGAAGCUCUCCUUCGAACAUUAUGAUCAAUCAGCCCAACCCAAAUGAAUCAGUUCCGCCUGCUCGAGGAGAUGAUCAGGGGAUCCCUAAACCUCUAGUCGUUGCAAGACCUCCGGAGAAGAGACAGAGAGUCCCAUCUGCCUACAACCGCUUCAUCAAGGACGAGAUCCAACGAAUUAAAGCGGGGAAUCCUGAUAUAAGCCACAGAGAGGCCUUUAGUGCUGCUGCAAAGAACUGGGCCCACUUCCCACACAUCCACUUCGGACUCAUGCCUGAUCAACCCGUGAAAAGAACUAGCGUCGUGCGUCAACAGGAAGGAGAGGACGUGCUGAUGAAAGAUGGAUUUUUUGCUCCUGCAAAUGUGGGUGUCUCCCCCAGCUACUAGGAAUAUUUAUAUCGUGUUAGCUAGUUUUCCUAAUUAAUUUGUGUUCCAUCUCGAUCUUCUUGAACCGUGCUAGCAGCUCAUGUUUAAAACUACUUCGAAUCUUGUCCUUAAAUUUCUUCUAAUCUAUCGAUCGGACUGUUCAAUUAUCUAAA